ACAUGCGCAGUAAUACUAACCUGAAAAGCAUCGUCGGCUUUUGUGUGGAUAUUGUUCUGAAAUAAACUUCAAUAAAAUCGAAGUUAUUGCUGUUUGUGAUGAGAAAAAAGUGUCAGUAACAAUGUCAGGAGAAAUAGGAUUGGAAAAAUUUGUACAUGAUAUUAGAACGCUUUCGGCAGAUGGAAACUAUACAGAAAUAGCGGGUCGUAUCAACAACUUUGUACAUUCUCUCCUUGGAAAUGGACGACAUUUAGAUAUUGUUUUAGAAACAUUUGGACUGCAUCAACAUUCAUUAGGAAUUUUAACUGUUAUUUUAACAAAGUUAACUAUCUUAAGUACAACUGAAUCGCCCAGCAUAGAUGCAUUUAAAAUUGUAUUGACACAACUUCAAGAAUUCAUCGAUGGCUUCAAUGAAGAACAAAUACGAUUUGCAAUAUCUUCAUAUGACAAGCUUUUUCACAUGCUAAAGAGUCUCCUGUUGGAUUUUCAAAUACCAAUGUGUGGAAUCGACAUCUUCUGUCGAGCAAUUCGCAAGAUUCAAACGAGUAAUAGUCAAUUGACAUCGAUUCAUGCGGACCUCUGUCAACUUUGCCUUGUAUCAAAAUGCUUUAAGCCAGCUCUCGAGUUUCUUGAUGUUGACAUUACUGCCAUGAGUUCACAAUCUGAAGAGUAUACGAAGCAUUUUUUACUUUACUUUUAUUAUGGUGGUAUGAUAUACACGGCAUUAAAAGAUUACGACAGAGCUUUAUAUUUCUUCGAAGUUUGCUUGACAACGCCAGCAAUGGCCGUGAGUCAUAUAAUUCUCGAGGCUUACAAAAAGUAUGUGCUUGUCUCAUUAAUUUUGAAUGGAAAAGUUGAAUUUUUGCCGAGAUUCACAAGUUCAGCGGCACGAUUUUUGAAACGAUUGAGUCAAGCUUAUCAGGAAUUAAUUACUGCCUAUGGAACUAAUAAUUGCGAUGAAAUUCAAGCAAUUAUCACUAAAUAUGAAGAGCCCUUCAAUAGAGAUCAUAAUCUUGGAUUGGUGAAACAAGUGCUUGGUUCAUUGUACAAGAAAAAUAUUCAGAGGCUCACAAAUACUUUUCUUACGCUUAGUUUAAGUGAUGUUGCAAGCAGAGUUAAAUUAGCUGGACCCGCUGAUGCUGAAAAACAUAUUUUAAAUAUGAUUGAAGACGGAGACAUAUUUGCAACAAUCAACCAAAAAGACGGAAUGGUUAUCUUCCACGACGAUCCUGAAAAGUACAAUUCACCUAGAAUGUUAGCAAAAUUAGAAAAGGAAAUGGCAACAUGUGUAGAAUUAUGUAGAAAAGUUCUUGCUAUGGAAGAGGAAGUGAUAGUGACACCUCAAUAUGUUCGAAAAGCAUGCGGACAAAAUGAUCAGGAUGAUCAGGCUGCUUGUGCUCCACCUAUUAAUGUCACAAAAGCACCAAGUCAACAUAAACAUAACACUUACUCUAUGUAAUUGCAUAGAUUUGGUCCUAUUUACAAAGUCAAGAAAAUCGUGAUGUCAAAAACAUGCUUUAGCAAAAAAAAAAAAAGAAA